CUUGCUUGCUCCUUCCCACAUCUCGGCCCAUCUAUCUCCAUCUCCAUCCACCAUCCGUCUUUUGCUCAAUCUUGCAAAGGCAACAACCUAACCCUUCACCAACAACACUUUACGCCAUAUCCGCAUACAGCACUCGGCUUGACGUACCCCGCAUCUUCACUUGGCUUUGCGCACCUGCAGCACGAACAGGAAACCGGCCCACGUCCAGAGGUAGUCAGCUCCCAGGAAGCAACGACAGAUUAUCGCUCGGUCGGCACCCAUAGUCUUCAGUUGUCCAGGUCUCGCCGCUGCGGCAAAAAACACUCUCUCAGUUGGGUUCAGGUUCGCACCUCAAUCGCUUUAUCGCUGCACUACUAGGUACUUAGAGGUAGUUUUCCGUCUGGCCGUUGAGCCUCACACCCUCCAUCCCGGGCCCCAUCAGGUCCUCCUCCGCCCAGCUACCUAGGUACCUCGCUGCGCUACCGGCGUACCUCCGUCUGCUUCCCUUUCGUCGCCCUACGUACCUUACUACCACUCGGGUCGGGCUCUGCUUCCACCACACCCGACCGCCCACCAGCCAGGUACAUUACAUACCUUACCUCAACACCUACCAAGUUUGCUUAUUGCUUUCCUCCCGUCUUUCCCUACCCGACCGACCCUUACCUUCAUCCAUACAUAUGCUCCCUGCAACAACAUCCAUAGCGCACCCACGUGUUUUAACCCGGUCUCUGUUGGGCACCUCUCUCCAGAUCUCCAACUCCCGUCUCUCCGCCAUCCCUUGAUUUCGCGCCUCGAGCUCGUGAAAUCUCUUCUUGUCCAUCAUCGCCCUUGGGAACGUCGUCCCUUGCCGCCGUUGCCCGUCUGUCCCUCCGUCCGCUCGUCGUCCUUGUCCCAUAUCUGGUAGAGGUGGGGAUCUCAUCGCCCACGGCCCCGGGAAUCGUUGAAGAUGGUGGAAACAGAUACCAACUCUCCGACAUGGAAGUUUACCCAAUGCUUCGGCGACAAGGGAGAUGUUGAGGACAUCACCGAAGCCGAUAUCAUCUCCACGGUAGAAUUUGACCACACCGGAAACUACUUGGCGACUGGUGAUAAGGGUGGACGAGUCGUGCUAUUUGAACGGAACGAGACGAAAAAAACCUGCGAAUACAAGUUUCAUACCGAAUUUCAGUCCCACGAGCCCGAGUUCGACUACCUCAAGUCCCUUGAAAUUGAGGAAAAGAUCAAUAAAAUCAAGUGGUGCAGGAGACAAAAUGCCUCCCACUACCUCCUCUCGACAAACGAUAAGACGAUCAAGCUAUGGAAAGUGUUCGAGAAGUCGCUUAAGGUUGUCGCCGAGAACAACCUAUCCCAUGAUUUGACGCCUGCAAGCGUAGCCGGCGGUGGAGGCGCACCUCGUGCCUUACCUCAUACUCAGUUUCGCAGUCCCGCCGAUCUCAAGCUACCCAGGCUUACCCAUCACGACACAGUCGUUGCCGCCGUGCCUCGGAGAACAUAUGCCAAUGCUCAUGCGUACCACAUCAACAGCAUUUCCGUCAACAGCGAUGGCGAGACCUUCAUCAGCAGUGAUGAUUUGCGGAUCAACCUAUGGAAUCUGAAUAUCCAAGACCAGAGCUUCAACAUUGUGGACAUCAAGCCGGCGAACAUGGAGGAAUUGACAGAGGUCAUUACAGCCGCAGAGUUCCACCCUCUGAGCUGCAACUGGUUCAUGUAUGCCAGUUCUAAGGGCACAAUCAAGCUGGCAGAUAUGCGCGAAAGGGCGUUGUGCGACCAGCACGCAAAGAUGUUCGAACAAGAAGAAGACCCAUCGUCCCGAUCUUUCUUCUCUGAAAUCAUAUCUUCCAUCUCCGACGUUCGAUUCUCCCAUGACGGCCGGUAUAUCCUUUCUCGCGACUACUUGACGGUCAAGAUUUGGGAUGUCAACAUGGAGCGGCAGCCAGUCAAGACGAUUCCAAUUCAUGAACACCUCAGGCCGAGACUCUGCGACACAUACGAAAAUGACAGCAUUUUUGACAAAUUCGAGGUUGUAUUCUCUGGAGACGCCAAGAACGUAAUGACAGGAAGCUACAACAACAACUUCAUGAUCUACCCAUCGGAUCCCGACAAGGAGGUGGAGGUCGUCCUGCAAGCGGAUAAGUCGGCGUUCAAGGCCAAGAAAGUUGGGGUGCCGACACCCAUUAAUUCGUCGACAAGUCCCACAGCUAACGGUGGUAAGAAGGGAAAUUCACGGGCAGGAAGCCCGGCAGCGGCAGGCCAGGGCCAAAGGAUGCGUAAAGAGACAGACGCCGAUCAAAUCGACUUCAACAAGAAGAUUCUCCAUAUGAGCUGGCAUCCGUUCGAGGACAGCAUCGCCAUCGCAGCAACCAACAACCUAUUUGUCUUUUCCGCGUUGUAGGCAGAAUGAUGAAGGCGGGGGGAUGGAUGUGAUUGGGAUUCCCUUCACAUAACUGCUGAGGCUAUUAUGCCUCUCGUUCCACAGUCUGACUGGGAGCAUUCGCGGUUCUGGUUUGUUCGUGCUCGAUUUGUCGAGGCCUGGGGCAUGGUGGCGUCUUUAGCAAGAGCGAGACGGAUAGCCUGAUUGAAAGAUGAGGACACAUAUAGGUCAGGGAUGCAUUGAGAGGCAGGUUUGCGGGGAAAUUUCCAGUCAUGAAGUGCUACGCCCGGUUUGGCACAUCGACUUUUCAAGAUCCCAUGAACAAGGCAGGGCGGGCGUGAGGAACGAAGCGGAAGUGAAACAAAUGGCCCAGGGAGCCGCCAGCCUUGGACGAUAAGGGGAGAGUAACUCGUAUGUUAAAUAACCAUUAUGUCCUUUUCGUUCCGUCCGCAGGGCAGAGCGCCGAGUGUCAUGUCACGAUGGGAUGGAUGUAAGCGCUUGGUUCGGCAUGGAAUACCCACCAGUUCCCAGAUGUUCCGCGCAGAACGUAGAAAACAAAAGAUAUAAAUAUGAAAACAUGACUAAGCGUAGGUUUUGGCUCAAUACAAAAAAGAAGAAGAAAAAGAAG